AUGCCUGCAAUGCAAUCCUUAAAAUGUUUUUCAGAGCAUCUUAUUUUAAGUAAGAUUAGUUAUUAUCUUUCUCAACAGUUAGAACAUAUUAUACCAAUUUAUUUUAUUUUAAAGCUUUUAAAAGAUGAAAAAAUAAGGAUACUAGCAUCAGAAAUAGAACUUUUAAAUUUACUUAUUAACUUAGAAAAUAUUAAUGAACUUCAAACUAUAGUGUCUUAUCCUCAAGAAACCAAUAAUUUAUUUAUUCAUGAAAAAAGAAAUUUAUGGAGAGAUACACUAAAAGACAAUUCUGAAAUAAUUAAGGCACUAGCUUUGUUAAAUGACAAUGGAUACAUAGUUAAUAAAUUAACAAUAUGGGCCAAUUCUUUUGCAAAAACACUUUUGCAGAUUAUUAUUGAAAAGGGAUAUGAUGACCAUUUAGGCUGA